AUGUCAAUAUUUGUAUCACUAUUUACGCCUAUCAAAUAUUUGACACAGGUGCACGGCAAGCCAGAGCUCUCAUUUUCCUUUGCGGCUUGUGGAUGGUUGAAGAUGUACCACUUUGGUGUGGCUAUGGCCCUGCAGCGUUACGAGCUCGACAAGAAAGCAAAGUUUGUUGGUAGUUCGGCGGGAGCACUUACAGCAGCGGCGAUCCUUGUUGACGUAGAUUUCAUUUCACUUAAAGAGUAUACCUUGGGUUGCAUACGAGACGUGCGCGAGCCUGUCCUAAACAUGAACGCGUUCAGGCUGAGAAAGUAUAUUGUGGACAUAGUUGACCAGAAGUUGGGUCCCAAAGAGUUUAAGCACUACCAACAGCAAUUGGAAGAGCGCAUGGAAGUGGCCGUGACAGCCUUACCUGGUUGCCAUGGUUUCCGCUACUCCAAAUACACUGAUUACGAUCACUUCAAGGAUGUGCUGUUGGCUAGCUGUACGGCACCCCCUAUUGCGGGAUUUCCGUUCGUACUUGACGGAACCCUUGUGGCUGACGGAGGUCUGGCUGAUUUCCAACCACUACUGGAUGAAAACACCAUCACCGUGUCGCCGUUCUAUUUCCAUAGGACCGAUAUCAAGCCAUCACAAUUCAUUCCUGCCUGGUGGGCGUGUUACCCAGGCACUGAGGACGAGUUUGAGCAACUGUUCCGAUUGGGUUAUGAAGAUGCUGUCACGUGGAUUGAAGCUAACGGAUACGAACGGCCGCAGAACUACGAGGCUCCCUACUGGCUGAGCGAUUGCAAGGGGGUCCAUCUCAAUGGCAAGGUUGUAGAUGAGUAUCCGGAUGACAUGCCCUUGGAACACGAACAACAGCAGCGCGAGAUGACCGACAUGAUGCGGGAUGUCGAGACGGCACUAGAGCAAGGUGCCCCUGAACAGUCGCAGUUCAUUCUGGACCAGGCCAAGAGUGCCAUUCUGCACGAGAAGUACCGUGCCAGGCACCACACCAAGCACAUCAAGAAGUACAGGCGCAGAUCAACCAUCUCUAUUCCGAGGCCAGUGGGCAACAUGUCACAGAUCCUGAAUGUUGUCUUCAUGCUGUUCAUCUUCGGCAUUGUCAAACCGCUGACGUAUCUGUUCUUGUACCUUGAACUGAUGGCCGUUACAUAUUAUGCGUUGCUCCGCUUGAUUACUCAUGAUAUAUUGCCAUUCAAGCGGCGUUCGCGUCGAACAGCAUACGAACAUUUCCUCUCGCUCUUCCGAUCGCUGAUGAGUAUACAGUUACUGGCCCGGGCUAUAGUAGGGCCCACAGUCGAUAUUGACUCAGAGAAGUUGUUCAGUCAGUCAAUAGUGUAUCGGGUCAUGAUGUUCUUCCUUUAAUUCUGCUAUAGGUAUUGAUCCGUAUGCUGAGGUACGGAAUUUUAGAUCACACCCAUUGUCAGCAGUUCCCUAGUUACCGGGCUGUCAGCUGACAUAAAUAAACAGUUCCUGCGUGCUAG